GCAUGAAAUGUCAACGGUCUCUAUCGCGCACAUAAAUUAAAUCCACACCCCCUUUCCAAACCCAGCACUCACACAAACACGCACAUCACAAUUCACAACAAAUAUAAUGAAACUAUCUUGGUCACCGGAGAGAGCCUCCAAAGCAUACAUAGACACAGUCCAAUCCUGUGAGGUUUCCCGCGAAUCAGGAGUGGCGGAGUUUAUUUCGGCGAUGGCGGCGGGGUGGAACGCGCAGCUCAUAGUGGAGACGUGGUCGCAGGGCGGGGUGAUCGCCACCAGCGUCGGUCUAGCAGUGGCCAGGCGCCACACGUGCGGGAGACACGUGUGCGUGGUGGCCGACGAACGCGCCAGGUCCGAGUACGCCGAGCGGAUGGGCGAGGCGGGCGUGGCGGCGGAGAUCGUGGUGGGGGAAGCGGAGGAGGUGAUGGAGGGUCUGGUCGGCGUGGAGUUCUUGGUGGUGGAUGGUCGGAGGAAGGAUUUUCCGCGCGUGGUGAGGCUGGCCAAGUUGAGUAGUAGGGGCGCGGUGUUGCUGUGCAAGAACGCCACUUCUGCCUCCAAGGCCAAGGGCUUCGUGUGGCGGAGCCUGGUGGCACAAGCGCAAGCUUCCAAUUCCCGCCGCCUUCUUCGUUCGGUCUUUCUUCCUGUUGGCAAGGGCCUUGACAUGGCGCACGUCUCUGCCUCCUCUCACGGUACCACCUCGCGACAUAGAUGGAUUAAGCAUGUUGAUCAGCAAUCAGGGGACGUGCAUUUUAUUCGAAAAUGAUUUUUCACCCCCAUUUGUAAAUACACUUUCCAUCAUCUAGUCUUUUUUGUAUAUCACAAAGUUUAAGGUGACAAGUAUUAUUUCUCUUCUUAUUAUGUAUUACAAAUCAUUACAUUUAUUUCUUUAUUUUAAAAACUCCAUCUGAAAGAUAAACCUUUUUUUUCAAUGCCUGUAAUGAAAGCAUGCCCUUAAUAAAAUCGCCUACUUAAUAUAUCUCCAUUUAUAUA